UCGGUUACCCUGGCAACGGGACUCUAACUUUACACAACAUGGCAUCCCCUGUACAUUUAGAGAUCGUCGGUCUGUUAAGCAAACACAAUUUUCAAAUAGGCAAAAGCAUUGUGGAGGGUUUGAAAAAUAAAUUCCCGGAGUCAUUUGAUGAUCCAACAAUUCGCCCGCUUCUUGAAUGUGACUGGCAUGACUAUUUAGCUAACAAAAAGAAGGAGCUGAGAGGAGAGGUUUGGCAGUACACUGGAUGUCUAAUGUCCUUCGCAAACGGUCAGUUGCUCGGUGAUGAGAGGAAACUGUCCACCUGGGCAGAGAAAGAGUGGAAGUUUUCUUUUCACCGACCACGGGCGCUUUAUAUGGCCCUGGCUGAGGAGUAUUACACCAACUAUCUGCGAAGCACAGCUCACAUUUUUGUUUAUAUGGAUAUUGAAAGCGGUGGAGAGGCAUUUGGCAGGCUGUUGUUUGAGCUGUUCUCAGACGUGUGUCCAAAGACGUGCAGGAACUUCAAGGCCCUGUGCACUGGAGAGGCAGGUUUGUCCAAGACUAACCUUGAGUUGAGCUACAAGGCCUCAAUUUUCCAUAGAGUUGUGCCAAAUGGCUGGCUGCAGGGUGGAGAUAUUUCACCUGAAAGGAAAGGCACUGGGGGAGACUCUAUCUAUGGUCCAACAUUUGAGGAUGAGAGUUUUGUCAUAUCCCACAACAAGCGUGGCAUCCUGGGAAUGGCUAACCAAGGUGCUCACAGCAACGGCUCUCAGUUCUACAUCACACUACAGCCAGCGUCCUGGAUGGACUACAAAUAUGUGGCUUUUGGGCAACUCAUUGAAGGCACUGCGGUUCUAAAGAGACUAGAGGCAGUGCCCACCUACAACGAACGGCCCAAACAGGACUGCAAAAUAGCAGCAUGUGGAAUAUUUGAGCCCUGAGUUUUCACAUGUGGCCUAUAGAUCAAGAAAGCAAUACAAAAGGAGAAGCAUUUGUAAUGUAUGUGGACAGGUGUGCACCAUGUGUUUUUUAAUGGCCGACGGUCCGCCGACCCAAUAUUUUUGCCACAUUGCCAAUAUUUCACCAUACACAUUCAACAAAUAAAUUGACCUAAAAUUAAAAACCUCUCUUUAUAUGAUUUAAAUAUUCAGUUUGUUUGACUUAUUUCUAUGGUGCUUUUCUUCCUUUGCCCAUGGCAACGAACCGCUGUUAUUCCAAAAAAGCAGUGAUCUGCAAUGACGUGCACAUUAUCGUGAGCUUGGCAAAAGAGUCUGUUGAAGUGCUGCUGAGAAACAACCGCGUUGAGUGUGCAUUGCUGUAAAACAGAUUUAUUUA